AUGGCCGCUAUCCAGCUCAACUUCACUCUCCGCACUUCCGCCAACUGCAAGACCGUACAUCUUCUCGGCUCCUGGGAUGGCUACCAAGGCCAACUUCCGCUUUCCAAGGACCCCAAGAAGUCUGGUGGCUGGGUCGGAUGCUUCAAGUUCCAAGGACAGACUUUGAAGCAGGGACAGCGCUACUGGUACUACUACAUCAUCGACGGCUACCACGUCUCCCACGACCCCGCCAAGGACCACACGACCGAACCCACCACUGGCCGCAAGCUCAACAUCAUCGACAUUCCCGCUGCCAAGUCGAGCUCAAAGUCAUCCUCAUCCAGUGCCGACCGCAAGUCGCGCCGUGUAUCCACCGCUUCCAUCCCCAAGGGCCGUGGCCUCAGCCCAGAGCGCAUCGUCGCACCCAAGCCCCAACGACCACACGAGACUCGCCAAGUCAUCAACACGCAGUACGACAAGACCACCUUGGAGGAGCUCAACCGCCGCUUUGCCACCCAGAAGAUCGAAGAGUCAUCCGACGACUCCGAGUACAGCUCCGACGAAGACUCCGACGUUCCCUCACUCACCAGCCGCUCCACCAACAGCUCUAGCCCGUCCAGUAUCAGCUCUGGAAGCUCAUGCUGCACGUGCGAACGCUACGGCAUCACCCGCGCUGGUGACCGCGUCAAGCUCGACUGUGGUGGUGCGCGCUGCGGAUACUCCGACGACUCUUCCGAAUGCUCCUCCGAAGACGAGUACGUGUACGAGGAGAAGACCACCCGCCGCCAGGGUGUCGUCAUCCGCGCCUAA